AGAAGAAGCAUCCCGGGUAAAGGGUGAUCCUGUCAGCUAGCCUGCUCAUUCUGGGGCUAGGCUGGACAGGUGUCGACAGGCUUCCCCAAUCGGGAAACGGAUCGCCAGACGUCAACGAAAUUUUUUAAAUCAAAUAGUACACACACUUAACGCAACGAGGUGGAAAAUAGAGGCACAACACCCAUCGACGCGCAACACGACAUGCGAUUUGGUGCCACCGCGAAGGCUCUCUCUUGAAGUGACCAGCAGCUCCCCGUUCGCUCCUAUCUGGAAGUGUGACGCUUCUGGCUAACAACUCAGUACAUCAAGACACGUACCCAAUUCCACACGAUGAUGUUUAAAGCCUCGCCCGAGUCGAUGGACCUGUUCGGCAAGGACGUCCCGGACGAGAACAAUAACGUUGCGGCAGAUGAGCUUACCGACUCGCUCGUCCCGUUCUACGACGGCAAGAACGUGCUGGUGACCGGCGGGACUGGCUUCCUGGGCAAGGUGUUGAUCGAGAAGCUUCUGCGUUCGUGCGUGGGCAUCAGCACCGUCUACAUGCUGCUUCGUCCAAAGCGGGGCAUGACCAGCGAACAGCGCUACCGGGAGUUUGUGCGACACCCGGUGUUUGAGCGGAUUCGGUCGAAAACGCCGCAGUUGCUGGCAAAGCUGGUGUGCGUCGGGGGUGAUAUUUCGCUCCCACUGCUUGGCCUGUCGGACCAGGACCGCCACACGCUGGUCGAGCGUGUACAGGUUGUGUUCCACGUGGCGGCUACCGUACGCUUCAACGAGGCGCUCAUCGAGGCGGCCAUCCUGAACACGAUCGGCACCAAGCAGCUGCUCGAGCUGUGCAUCGGGAUGCGCCAGCUGCAAAGCGUGGUGCACGUGUCGACGGCGUACAGCAACGCGUGCCGGCGGGAGGUGGACGAGGUUGUGUAUCCGCCCCCGAUGGACCCAGACCGCUUCAUCCAGUGCGUGCAGUUGCUGCCGGGUGAGGUGAUCGGUGCAAUCGCAGGCCAGCUGCAAGGCGCCCACCCGAACACCUACACCCUGACGAAAGCGAUCACGGAGCAGCUGGUGGCACAGUAUGCAGACCGACUGCCGCUCUGUAUCGUGCGCCCCUCGAUCGUAACCGGCGCGAUGGCGGAACCGUACCCGGGUUGGAUCGACAACGUGCACGGCAUCACCGGCAUCAUGAUGGAGAUUGGGCGCGGAACCAUCAGCAGCAUCAUGUGCGACGAACGCUGCACAAUGGACGUCAUCCCUGUGGACGUCGUCUGCAACACGUUGAUUGCUGCGGCGUGGGAAAACGCCAACACUACCACGACACCGGUACGCGUGUACAACUGCACGUCUGGGCAGGUAAACGGCAUCAAGUGGCACGAGUACGGCCGGAUCACGCAACGAUGCGCGGUGCGUAACCCGACCAAGCACGUUCUGCUAUAUCCGGGCUUCCAAUUCCGCACGAACCGGCUGGUGCACAAGCUGGUUGAGUUGGUGCUGCACUUCCUACCCGCCUACCUGUUCGAUGCGCUGGUACGGGCUCGCGGCGGCCAGCCGAUCAUGACCCGGCUCGCGCGGCGCUUCCAGCGAGCCGCCGACACUGGCGAGUUCUUCGCCAUGCACGAGUGGAUAUUCCGGAACGGGAAUCUGCGCCGGCUUGGCGAUCGGGUGCGGCGGGACCGGGCCGCUCUGUCGUUCCGAUGCGAUGUGGCCGGGCUUGACUGGGAGACGUAUAUCGAAGCGUACAUGCUUGGCAUCCGGCGGUUCGUGCUGUUGGAUGAGAUGGACAGUCUGGAGCAGGCGCGAGCCAAGCUGCGCCGGCUGCUGUGGUUCAAGCGGACGGUACAGCUGGCCGGGCUACUCCUGCUGUACUAUAUGUGUGUACUUGUCUUUUACUCGGCAGUGGUCUAGGACUAUGUAUAUAUGUAUAUAUAUAUAUAUAUAAAGAGAGAGAGAGAGAGAAAGCGAGAGAGAGCGAGAGAGAGCGAGAGAGAGAGAGAAAGAGAGAGAGAGAGAAAGAGAGAGAGAGAGAAAGAGAGAGAGAGAGAGAGAAAGAGAGAGAGAGAGAGAGAAAGCGAGAGAGAGAGAGAGUAUGAGACAGAGAGAGGGAGAGAGAGAGAGAGAGAGAGAGAGAGAGAGAGAGAGACUCGGCUCGGUUGAGACGUUUAAACAUACACAACGGGGACAGGGGAAUUACUUUUUUUGUUGUGUUUUUUUUGGAGUUGUGUUGAGGGGUUUGGGCGGAAAGGUAAGCGAUAAACAGGAGUCAUAAAGACAACAAUCGCCAAUGUCUUUCUGUCGCUGAUUAUGUUUUCUGCAGCCCUUUACUAACACAGUGAUUAAACGAGAGUGUACCAAUUCACACACACACACACACAAGUUGCGUCGGCCUUUCCUAACUUUUGCGUGCUUUUGCAUAGGGGAAGAAAGGUUAGUUUAGGGGGAGGGGGCAUGAGAUUGAUGACUAUAAACGAGGUUACGCUGGAAAGGCUACUUAGAUUGGUCCAAAAGAGUGCUCCAAUUCCCAUCAUAAGAAGUUCAUUUCCUGUAAUAAGGAGUCUAUAAAAUGUCCCACAAAUAUGAGAAAACCUAAAUAACCAUGUAAGCGUUGAGCCACACUGUGUUGGCUACUUAUUGCAUUGGAGAGCAAGACUAGAACCACCUCUUGGGUUACCUGGAUUAACUAAAGCCUGAGUUACAGCUCCAGUGAAAUUGAACGUAAAAUUUGGUGAUUUUGUUGGUAUAUUUCAUUAAAUAAUUAUCAGAAUAUGGAUACCGUAUACCAAAAGAAAAAAAUCUCCAACUAUUUAAAAAAUAUUGAAAUAAUAAAUUAAAUGGACUUCCUUGUGAUUCCCCAAUGACCAUUAUUCUUCACCGUGAACAAAGCGGGGAAUCAUAAAGAAAUGCAUUUAAAGUAUU